ACUUUCUCGAUCUCUUUUUUUUUUUCUCACUUUCAGGCAAAAAUGGGAGGUAGUAAGAUGCCAACAGUUUCUGAAAUUAAUGUGGAAGCCGGGAUGUCUUCUCUUUCUAUAGUCAACACAAUCCCUACUGAAGCACCAAUUGUCUCUUCUUACAAUGACCGGAUCAGGCCGUUGCUUGAUACUGUGGACAAGCUGAGAAACCUUAAUGUGAUGAAAGAAGGGAUCCAGCUUCCCACCAUUGUCGUGGUUGGAGACCAGUCUUCGGGGAAGUCAAGUGUUCUUGAGUCCUUGGCCGGAAUCAGUUUACCUCGUGGGCAAGGAAUCUGCACUAGGGAGCAUAUAGCGGAAGCUAUUAGCAUCACAACUGAGGCAAUUGCUGGAUCUGGUAAGGGCGUCUCAGAUACUCCCCUGACCCUACAUGUUAAGAAGAAUGGUGUUCCUGAUUUGACAAUGGUUGAUCUCCCCGGUAUAACCCGUGUUCCCGUGAAUGGACAGCCAGAAAACAUCUAUGAACAAAUCUCUGGGAUGAUAAUGAAGUACAUCGAGCCACAAGAAUCCAUCAUCCUCAAUGUCCUGUCAGCUACAGUCGACUUCACCACCUGUGAAUCCAUCCGUAUGUCUCGACAAGUUGACAAAACAGGGGAACGGACUCUGGCUGUCGUGACAAAAGCCGACAUGGCUCCUGAAGGUCUCCUAGAGAAAGUAAUGGCAGACGACGUGAGUAUUGGACUAGGUUACGUCUGUGUAAGGAACCGUGUAGGUGAUGAGACAUAUCAAGAAGCUAGGAUGCAUGAAGAAUUACUUUUCAAGACUCAUCCAUUGCUUUCUAUGAUUGACCAUGACAUUGUAGGUAUCCCGGUUUUAGCUAAAAGGUUGAUGCAGAUCCAGGGAACAAUGAUUGCUCGUUGCUUGCCUGAUAUCGUUCAGAAGAUCAAAGAGAAGAUGGAAGUAAGUUACUUUGAGCUGAAUAAGCUACCAAUGGUAAUGACUUCAAGUCAAGAAGCUUUGAUGACUUUCAUGAACAUCAUUGGUUCUGCCAAGGAGUGUCUACAAAGGAUUCUUGUACAAGGAGACUUCUGUGACUAUGAAGAUGAUAAAAGCAUGCACUCUACUGCUCGUUUGGCUGACGUGUUGGGCCAAUUCGCAGAAAAUCUACGAGCACAGCCAGUGACAGAGGAGUUCUUGAUGGAUGAAAUCAAAGUACUAGAAGAGUGCAAAUCUAUCGGAUUGCCUAAUUUCAUCCCAAGAUCUGCCUUCAUAGCUAUCCUUUCACAACGUAUUGAUGCAAUUCAUAGUAAGCCGGUUGAGUUCAUCAAAGAGACAUGGGACUACAUUGAAGGCGUCUUGUUAUCUGUUCUUACCAAAUACUCUGAAAACUUCCCCCAGAUUCAAUCAUCAAUCAAAAGAGCUGGUCGGAAUCUAAUCUCCAAGAUCAAGGAACAAUCUGUGAACAGAGUAAUCGAAAUCGUCGAGAUGGAGAAACUAACCGACUACACAUGUAACCCUGAGUAUAUGACAGUUUACACCGAGAAGAUUGCUGCACAAGGAAGCUUCAUCACUGCUGUACUGGACGGUUAUUCCAAAUACUCACUAACUGGAUAUGGUUUUGGGGAGGUUAAGCUUUCGCAUCUUCGGAAGUAUGAAGCGCAGUUGCUUAGGCAAGCGUUCGACAUGAAAGUGAGAAUCACAGCUUAUUGGACGAUCGUUGUACGAAGGAUUGUGGAUAACCUUGCACUCUACCUUCAGUUCUCUGUGAAGCAUCUAGUGAAUAAUCAAUUUCAGAAAGAGAUUAUCGCAGAAAUGGUGGAUCCAAUAGCUGGCGGAGGAGUUGAGAGGAUGUUGGAGGAGUCGCCGUCGGUGGCAAGCAAGAGAGAGAAGCUUCAGAACAGUAUCAAGCUCUUGAAGGAGUCCAAGGAAGCAGUUGCCGCCAUUGUUGAUCAGAAUUCUGGGUAGAGAUUGUUACGUGAUUGCUACUUUCACAAGCUUUGGUGAAGAGAGUUUGUGUUUUUAGGGUUUUCCUAAAUGUUUGUUUUUCAAAGUUCGGGACUUCUGUGAUCUCUUUGUUGUUGUUUUUUGUACGCUUAACGUGUUGUUAACGUUAUAUAUGUUGUUCCAGUUUUAUAAAUUAAAUCAUAAAAU